AUGCAAGGAAUUUCGCCUGGCAUAUCGCCGCCAGAGGUUUCAGAAUUUGUGUGGGGGGAGCAGGACCGCGGGAGCUUCGCUGCGGGGAGGGGCGCACCAGGAGGCACAUCCGGGGGAGCAGGGUGGUGGCGGGGUGGGGAGGCAGCGGUUUCACAGCAGAGGGGACGUGCGCAGGGGGCAGCAGCGGAACGUGCGCGGAACGCGGAUGGCAGAAGCGCGGAGGGCGCGGAAGUGGAGGGUGGCUGGGAGGGGAAACCUCCCGCGCAUGGUGUGCGGAGUCGACUCUCCCCUUUGCGGCGCGCGGUACGGCGCGAAACCUCCCCGUUAGCAGGCAGACACGCACUGCUGAGCGGAGACUCCGCGCUUGCGCGCAGUGCGCUUCUGAGUGGCGCUUCUCCGCCCGCGCGAGGCACCACGGAUAGCGCGGCCUCCCCGCCUGCGCCCACCAGCGCGCUCCUGACUGGCGCCUCCCCGCCUGAAGCACACAGCGCUCUGCUGAGCGGAGUCUCCCCGCCCGCAGGCAGCGCGCUGCUGACUGGGGCCUCCCCGCCCACAGGAAACGUGGCGGGAAGGCGCGCGACUCCGCCUUCCCACGCGGAUUUUCCGCCUGGAGUCUCCCCGCCCGCGACCAGCGCGCUCCUGACUGGCGCCUCCCCGCCCGCUGCACACAGCGCGCUACUAAGCGGAGUCUCCCUGCGUGCGCACAGCGCGCUGCUGAGCGAGCUCUCUCCUUCUGCGCCCGCUCGUGUCUCCCCGCUCGCUUCACACAGUGCUGCGCUGCAGACUGGAAUCUCUCCGCCCGCGACCAGCACGCUUGAACACGACGCCUCUCCCCCUGUGGUUCCUAUUGGUCCCAGGGGUAACAUAAUUCCCGCGGGUAGCAGAGUCCCCACGGCUAACAUGGCUGGCACGGAUGAUAAAGCUGGCGUGGGUGGCGGCGGUGGCGUUAGCAUGGUGACCAUUGCACCUGCUGUCAUGCCCGCUCCCUCCCGUUACUCCCCUUCCCGCCCGCCCCCCAGUCAAUCCCCGCCAAGCCCGGCAGCAGCAGCACCUUCGGUUGCUGCCUCCAUGCCUCCUCCCCAGCCUACUGCUGCUGCCACGCCUCCACCCUCACACCUCUCACACCCCUCCCAGCCCUCACUCCACCCACAACCCUCGUGCCCUUCACACCCCUCUCUCGCCUCUCGACUCCUGCCACUAUUGCAGGAUCUGCUGCUGUUCCCGGGGUCCUCGGCCGGCCAGGCUGUAGCGGCGGCUGUAUUUGCGGCUCUGGACAGGUGCUGUGGGGGCAGGGCGAGCGGGGGGAGGGCGAGUGGCGGGCGAACAGGUGGGGGGAGGACCAGUGGGGGAUGGGCUGGUGGGGGGAGAACUGGUGGGGUUUGGGCGGGUGAGGGGAGGGCUGGUGAGGGGAGGGCUGGUGAGGGGAGUGAGGGUGGGGGGAGGGCAGGUGAUGGGGGAAUGGUUGGGGGAGGAACGGAACGGGGGAGGGUGGGCGCGGGGGGCUUGGGUGGUGGGGAAUUGGGUGAGGGGGGGGAUGGUGGAAGCGGAAUGGGGGUUAGAAGAGUGGGUUGGGGGGGGGCGGGUGGGGAGGGAACGGCAAGAGGGGAGGCUGAGAGGGAGAGAGCAGGGGUAAGACGGCAUGGGGGGGAAGGGCUGGGGGAAGGGGAAGGUGGAGAGGAGGAAGGAAGGGGAAAGAGGAGGCGUGUUUUGGAGGGAGGGAGUGAGGAGAGCGGGUGGAAGGCCAAUAGAGUUGAGAGGGGGACUGGAGAGGAGGGAGGUGAGGAAGGAGAGGGAAGUUCCGGAGACGAAGUGGGAGGAAGCGGAGAGGGAGGAGAAGGAGGAGGAGGGGAAGGAGGAGGGGAACGAGAAGGAGAACGAGUAACGGGUAGAUCAAGGAAAGGAGGGGAGCAAGAGGACGAGGAAGAGGAGGAGGAAGAGGAGGAGGAGGAGGAAGAGGAUGCUGCGAUGGAGGUCGGGAAAAUGGAGAGCUGUUUUCUCUACAAACCCGACAUGCCCCGCACCUGCUGCCCGGCCUACACCAUCCGCCUCGUGGCGGGGCGGUUUCAGCUCAACAAGGAGCAGCGCAAGGUGCUGCGGCGCAUGGAGAGGUUCCUCAACCUGUUGGAUCGUGGCUGGCGUCGGUCGGGUUGCUUCCUCUACAAGCCGGACAUGCCCCGCACCUGCUGCCCGGCCUACACCAUCCGUCUCGUGGCGGGGCGGUUUCAGCCCAACAAGGAGCAGCGCAAGGUGCUGAGGCGCAUGGAGAGGUUCCUCAGUGGAGACAUCGACCUUCCGCCCCCCAGGCCUAGAGAUUCCCCUGCUAACCGUCCCGGCCUCGCUUUUAACUCGGGCGCAGGUUCAGCUAUGGAGGGAGCAGGGGAUGCUGCCUGCCAGCCUGGUGCUGCCUGCUGUGACAGCUCAGAUCUGUUCCUGUCAGCUGUGAGGGCGCGAGUCGGGGAGGGGAAGGGAGGGGAGAGAGGGGAGGGAGGGAAAAGGAAGGGAGGGAAGGGUGGGAAGGGGAAGGGAGGGGAGGGAGGGAAGGGAGAGGAGGAAGGGGCAGGAGGGGCAGGGGAAAGCCAGCAGAAAGGAGCGUCUGCUCCUCUGCCUGUGCUGACGUCAAACAUUGCGUUUAUAAUCUGCUCCGGAUUAAAGAAACUGCAGCAGCAGCAUCCAGGGGUGACAGCCACACAGCAAUCAGCAAGCGGAGAAAGAGGGGGCACAAGCGCUCUCUCUUUAAGCUCUAGUGCACAGGAUUUAGCAGCAAAGCUGGUAGCCGAAGCAGAGGGGGGGUGGCAAAGGGGGGGACUGCCAGAGGGGGUGUGUGUGAGAGCCGUGCAUGGGCAUGUGAACGUGCUUGCUCCCGCCGCUCUGCUUCAUGUCCCGCCCCUAGAAGCGCCCAAGCCUGCCUCAGCGCCCCUCCCCUCCUGUGGGUACGGGUCUUUCCACCAGCAGUAUCGGAUCGACGGGCGCUUAGUGGCCGUGGGGGUGGUGGACGUGCUGCCACGCUGCCUCUCAUCUAAGUAUCUCUUUUGGGACCCAGACUAUGCGUUUCUGUCCCUGGGGAAGUUUUCCGCGCUGAAGGAGAUAGAGUGGGUGCAGCGCGAGCAGCAGCAGCGCCCUGAGCUCUUAUUGGAUUCGUACUAUAUGGGGUAUUAUAUCCACUCCUGCCCCAAGAUGACUUACAAGGCCGCGUAUGCACCGUCGGAUCUGCUCUGCCCUCUGCGCUACUUGUGGGUUCCGUUCUCCCUUGCUCGCCCUCUCCUCGGCCGCUCCCCCUACGUUGUUCUCUCCUCCGCGCUGCCAAAACGCCCCCACACCCCGGCCAGCCUUCCCUCUCUCACAAACUCGCACCAUCAGCCUCUCUCUUCCAUGGGAGGGGACGGGGCUACAGUGGGGGAGGGGCGAGAGGAGGGAGUGAGAGAGGCAGUGCGAGGGUAUACAGGGGUGGGGGGGGGACAGACCGAUGCAGAGAGAGCAGAGGCACGAGAACUACAGGCUGCUGCUGAGAGAGGGGCUGGUGGGUUGGACGAGACGAGUAGCAGGGAGGAUACUACUAACGAGUAUGGAGUGCAGGGAGGUGUGUACAGGGCCCAAGAGGACAGGAAAGGGGGCCAGGGGGGGAAAGAUGGGAUGGAGGUUGAUGCGGGAAGGGAAGGAGACUGGCGGAGAGGAAUGGUAGGAGGAGGGGGGGAAGCGGGUGGGAGUGAGUGUGGAGGAGGAGGGGAGAGAUGGCCCGAGGAGUCGAGUGAGGAGGAGCGGCAGGAGAGAAGCAGGGAGGUGGCAGCAACAGUGAUGGCCAUGCCACUGCUUAUCAACGGCUCCUUGCAGAUCAGCUUUUCGCAACUGCUGGAGAUGGGCUGGCUUUCCUCUGCCUCCACACGGGCCAUAACAGCAGCCCUUAAGACCUUCUGUGAAGCUGCUGGGCCUGAGGCAGCUAGGCGCAUUCUCUAUGUCGUUAGGUAG